GUCAACGCAUUUUUUUCGAUUUCAGGGCCACAUGUUGAAAUCGAAGCGCGUCCACUAGUUUUAGCAUUCAUCAACAGCGAAAAGAUGGGAAACAAAGUUGGCAAAGAAUUUGAUGAGAACCAAGAUGAAGAAAAAGAAUAUGAAAUUUCGUUUCUUCAAGGAAGAAUGUCGACGAUGGAAAUUAGAGAAAAGGUCACGGGGGAAGAGUUUUCAACUGGACUACAAACCACUAAGAGUAAGAAGGAAGGAGGGAUUGUGUACUUUGUCGGGUUUGAGGAAAAGAAGUCAUUGCCACCACCUCCCCAAAGACUUCUCCAUCGGCCACGUAUCGUUAACAAAGCUGUUGAAGACCUCUAUGACGAUGACGAAAAACAGCUUAUGACCGAGAUAUUAGAAAAUGAUACUAUGUAUAACAGAGGUAUUUCGGCGACCACGCGAGAAGAGCGACAUGCUCUCGCAAGAUUGCGACGGGAGGAAAUGGCACGUCUGAAACAGAAACGUCACGGGACCAGGAUGAAAGCAAUCGAAGAGAGCAGAAGGCGGCGAGACGAGUUACUGAAUCAACGACGCACGGCUUCCCAUAGCAGGUCGAAACUCGUGUCUACCAGUGCACACGCUCGUAAAGAGACCUACGCGGAAGUAACGUCAAAAGAUCUAGUGUCGUCCAGUUACACGUAUGUGCAAAGGACUUCCGCGACGUGACAGGACUUUUUUGGUUAUACAUACAUAUUUAUAAAUAUAAAGUAAAUUUUAAAUAAUACAAGAGCAAUGUGUCAAUAAGUCCGAAAAAAAUACGACUCUGUCCUCUUCAAAAGUUUGUGAUGAGGUGGAGAUAUCUCCGCCGAAUCAAAAAGGAGGAGAUUUAAGAUAUUUAGGACUUUCUGUCAAUAAGUAAGAAACGCUACAUUUGUUUUUACCAGGGGUUCGUACUUGUGUUGUAUUGUUGAUAAUAUGCUUUGUGAUUAUGAUAACGCUAUUUUUGCAAUUACUCUGUGUUACAUUGAACAAAUUCCAUAAUGUGUAAUUUUUCGUGAUAUAUUUGUGUAUGGAUACUAAUAUAAAAAGGAUUUUUAAUAAACCACAUUCGAUUAUACGUUUUGAGAUGUU